CACACACACAGCGGUCUAAAAAGGGAGGAUGUACAAUCGUUCUACACUCUGCCACGUCUUCAGGAAGUUGUCUUCGGCGAAAGUCGGCAGUUCUCGGUAAACUCCGUAAAAUAAAAAUGGCAGCCGCCAUGGAGUUGGUGAUCGCCAAGAAAAAGCUCCUAGAAGUCUUGAAAGAUGAUUGGAAGCUAUACAUCAACAAUUUACAAUCCUGGUUCAAGCAAAAGCUGUCAAGAGAAGACUUCGAUGCUAAGGCUAGACGUAUACUACCCCCAGAAUGUACACAUCUUCACAACCAGUUCCUAUUAGCCAUACUUACCAGGUGUCAAACAUUCAGCACAACAUUAUCUCCCAGAGAUCUAAACCACCAUAGUAGUAAAUCACAGAGCAGUAAGAGACAGAGAUUAAAGAAGAAACAUUCCACCAGGUCUAACUUUCAACAACGUUUUGUUCCCCAAAACCCAUUGAACCAAGCUCCACAUAUAGUGCCACGACAACCAGAUGAGGAACCAACUUUGAAUUAUUGUACUAAAGACCACACAUUACCAGAUAUUGCCAUGAUUCAUGGUCGUAUGAUAGUUAGUGCCUGGGAUUAUGGUCUAGAAGAUGUGGAAAAUGAUGCUGUUCAUAUGGUGCUAUGUGCAGUAGAGCAACAAUUAAAAAAUGUAAUCUCCUCUGUGAUAUCCCGACGUGCCGGUUUCAAGACACGAGAAGGAAGAUUUAAAUAUUCUAUGGGGUCUCAACCAACAGACCCCUACCAACGGACAUCACAACAUUUACAUGAUUACACAACAGAAAGUCAAGCCACAGAUAUAUGUGCCAAGGGGUCCCAUGGACCAAGUAUAAAACCAUCUCCUGCUACAGCUGACAUGGAUGCUGCUUUUCAACUUGCUUGCUCUGGUGCAAAGGGGCCUCUGAGAACACCAAUCACAUUGUUUGAUUUAUUUGAUGCCUUAAAAGCCUCUAAAAGUACAAUAGCGUCACAUUCAGUGUAUUCCAUCAACAUGGAACGUAUAGUAAACAGACUUUGGCAUCCAUCUAACGAAGAACUAGAACAAGACGUCAUAUUUAGAGAACAGUUAGCUUUAAAACAGUCUUCACAAAGUGGAACAAGGCUUUGAUAUUGUACUAUUUUUACAUCAGUAAUUUUGUCACCAUCAGAUGUGGUGACAUAUUCUUAUAAUCUCCACUUUUUGGAUGGUUUUGGGCGGAUGGCAUUUCGUGGACAU